AUGGCUAGGGACCUAGUUUUGGGGGACAGCCUCUUGGAAAGAUGCUGGGAGCUGAGCUGGGGAUGGUUUAAUGGUACGGUUGCUGGCAGUGGUGGAGGACAGCUGGGGAGGCGGCUAAGGACCCAGGCUGGAGGUAUGCUGUCUCAGGCCCCCACCCAGGACCACUUCCCCCGGCAGCUGUGGCUCAGCCCCACUGACCUCGGCUCCUGCCCGCCCUGUGGCCCCUGCCCGAUCCCGAAGCCGGCAGCAGCCAGAGGCAGGCGCCAGAGCCAGGACUGGGGCAAAAGUGACGAGCGGCUGCUGCAGGCAGUGGAGAACAACGAUCCCACGCGGGUGGCCUCCCUCAUCGCCCGCAAGCGGCUGGUGCCCACCAAGCUGGACCCCGAGGGCAAGUCCGCAUUCCACCUGGCAGCCAUGAGGGGUGCAGCCAGCUGUCUUGAGGUGAUGCUGGCACACGGCGCCAACGCCAUGAGCACGGACGGGGCAGGUUACAACGCCCUCCACCUGGCCGCUAAAUACGGGCACCCACAGUGCUUGAAGCAGCUACUGCAGGCAUCCUGUGCAGUGGAUACAGUGGACAGCAGUGGGUGGACCGCCCUGCAUCAUGCAGCCGCUGGCGGCUGCAUCUCCUGCUCAGAAAUACUCUGCUCCUUCAGGGCCCAUCUGAAUCCCCGAGACCGGCUGGGUACUACACCCCUCAUCAUUGCAGCUCAGAUGUGCCACACGGAUCUGUGCCGCCUCCUCCUGCAGCAAGGGGCUGCAGCGAAUGACCAGGACCUUCAAGGCAGGACGGCCCUGAUGCUGGCCUGUGAGGGAGCCAGCCCCGAAACAGUGGAGGUGCUGCUGCAGGGCGGGGCCCAGCCGGGCAUCACAGAUGCGCUGGGCCAGGAUGCUGCUCACUACGGCACCCUGGCAGGGGACAAGCUCAUCUUGCACCUCCUACAGGAGGCAGCCCAGCGCCCCUCACCACCCAGCGAGGAUGAUUCGGGCGAGGCAUCAUCUCAGAAUUCUGUGUCCAGCCAUGACAAGCAAGGGGCCCCCAAGAAGCGGAAGGCACCUCAACCCCCCACCAAUAUCCCAAUGCUGGAUGACCAGGAUGCCUACGAGGAGAUCGUGCGGCUGCGACAGGAGAGGGGCCGUCUGCUACAGAAGAUCCGGGGCCUAGAGCAGCACCAGGAGCGAAGAAAGCAGGAGCUGCCAGAGGCAGAGGCCAGCUCCCUCCACAGCCUGGAGAGACAGGUCCAAGAGCUACAGCAGCUGCUGGCUGAGAAGCAGGAGGAGAAGGAGAGCUUGGGCCGGGAGGUGGAGAGCUUGCAGAGCAGGCUGUCCCUUCUGGAGAAUGAGCGGGAGAACACCAGCUAUGAUGUGGCCACCCUGCAGGAUGAGGAGGGUGAGCUACCUGAAUUCCCAGGGGCUGAGGUGCUGCUCUCCAAGCAGCUAAGCCUGUCGGCCCAGGAGCUCUUGGCUUCGCUGCAGGAGCAGGUGGCCAUGCUCACCAGACAGAACCAGGAGCUGAUGGAGAAAGUCCAGAUCCUGGAGCACUUCGAGAAGGACGAGAUGGAGGCAGACGGUCCAGCCGAGGUCAUUCCUCUGGAGCUCUAUGACGCUCUCCAGGCUGAGUUUGACCAGCUCCGCAGGCAGCACGCCAAAGCCCUGCAGGCGCUGGAGCAGCAGGAAGCCCGGGAGGCCCUCACAGAAGAGGAGGCAGCCUCUAGGGAGGGCAAAGGUCUGGGAACCACGACCUCCAGAAAUGGGCCAGUGGAAAUAGAGCUCAACGGCUCUGCAGCUCCGGAAACCAGAGUGAAUGGAGUCGAGACCACAGACAAGGAGGCUGCAGGAGUAGAAACCACGGAAGCCUUGUUACAGAGCUUGGAAGUGGUGUCCACGAUGGCCGAGGCCACAGAAACGAAGCCCACGGACACGGAGGCCUCGGAAACAGAGGGCGUGGGAGCCCAGCCCUUGGAAACAAAGGCCACAGGAGCUGAGGUUACAGAAAUGAAAAGUCUAGAAGGAGGAGGAAACCCAGAACCCAAGGCCACAAGAGCAGAGACCACCAGUAUGAAAACAGAAGAGCCAGAAACGAAGCCCAAUGGGGUAGGUGCAGUGGACGAAGAGCUCACAGGCACAGAAGCCACGGGAGUGGGGCGCGGGAUCCCGAGGGCCCUCACAGGCCCCAUCCUGCACCCGGGUGCUGCAGAGGCCUCAGAAAAGCUGCAGACAGAGCUAGAGACCAGGAUCCGCUGCUUGGAGCAGACGCUUAGGCAGCGCGAGCGGGAGGCGGCCGCGGAGCUGGAGGCGGCCCACGGCAAGUGCGAGGCUGCGGAAGCCGAGGCGGGCCGCCUGCGGGAGCGGGUGCGGGAGGCUGAGGGCGGCGGGGCUAGCCGGCUCAGAGAUGGGGACACAGGCCAGCUGCGGGCCGCCCUGGAACAGGCCCGCGAGGACCUCCGGGACCGGGACUGCCGUCUCCGGGAGCUGGAGGCGGCCUCGGCCCGGCUGGACGAGGCCCGGGCUGGCCGGCUGCUGGCCGAGGAGGAGGCCCGGGGCCUGCGGGCAGAACUGGCCCGGCGGGAGGAGGCGCGGCUAGAGCUGAGCCGGGAGCUGGAGGCGCUGCGGGAGCAGCUGGUCGCGGCCACGGCCACAGGGGAGCAGCAGCGGGCCGCGGCCGCCGAGCUGGGCCAGGCGCGGGACGCGGCCGAGGCCCGGGCCGCGGAGCUGUCCGCGGCCUGCGAGGAGGCCCGGCGGGGCCUGGCAGAGCUGCGGGAGGCCUCCGAGGCGCUCCGCCAGUCGGCCGUGCCGGCCUCCGAGCACCACCGGCUGCAGGAAGAGGCCCUGGAGCUGCGGGGCCGGGCAGCCUGCCUGGAGCAGGAGGUGGUGGCCGUGGGCAAGGAGGCCGCCCGGCUGCGCGCAGAGCUGGAGCGUGAGCGGGUGGGCAGCAUGGCCCGCCUGGAGCACGAGCGCAUCGUGGGCGCCCUGCAGGCCGACGUGGCCCGGUUGCAAGGGCAGCUGGAGGAGCUGGGGCGACGCCACGAGAAGACCAGCGCCGAGGUCUUCCAGGUGCAGCGGGAGGCACUGUUCAUGAAGAGUGAGCGACAUGCGGCUGAAGCCCAGCUGGCCCUGGCUGAGCAGCAGCUGCGGGGGCUACGAGCUGAGGCUGAGCAGGCACGCCAGGCCCAGAGCCGUGCCCAGGAGGCCCUGGAGAGGGCCAAGGAGAAGGACAAGAAGAUCACAGAGCUCUCCAAGGAGGUCUUCAGUCUUAAGGAGGCGCUGAAGGACCAGCCGGGGGGCCCAGACUCUUUGGAGGUGGAAGCCCUCCGUGACCAAGUGAAGGCUCUGCGGGAGCAGCUAGAGGAGGCUGCCAGGGACCACAGUGCAGUGGUGGCCUUGUACAGGAGCCACCUCCUCUACGCCAUUCAGGCCUCUCGCGGGGGCUUCGGGACUCGUGCAUUGACCUUCCGCACUUGGAGACCAGCCUGGGCCCCUUCCACACUGUUUCACUGCCUCCACCAGCCCCUGCGUGCACUGGGCAGUCUAGACCCCCGCGCUGACCACGACGACUCCUGCCACCAGGGAAUCUGAGUUCUCUCCCCCAC